UCGCUAGUGGAUGGUGCGGAAGGAGCAGCAAAGAGAGCGCAGUCUCCAGGAGGGCUUCGGCAGACCGUUAGGCUGUUCACAUCGUCUUCAGACAUGGCAAAGGAAGGGACUGAGAUUGCUGAAGAGACCGAGCAAAUGAUAGACCAGAAGGAGCCGGAUAAUCCCGUUUGUGCGGUUGUAGAUUCAAAAGAAAUGCGGGCUGUGCUGCUCACGGGCUUUGGUGGUAUAAACAAACUCAAAGUCACCAAGAAACCAAUGCCAGAGCCUCAAGGAGGAGAAGUCAAAAUUCGCGUGAAAGCAUGUGGGCUGAACUUUCUUGAUCUAAUGGUGCGUCAAGGAAAUAUUGAUAAUCCUCCAAAAACGCCUCUUGUGCCUGGAUUUGAGUGUUCUGGGAUUGUAGAGUCUGUGGGAGAAAACACCAAAGGCUUUGAGAUAGGUGACAGAGUGAUGGCCUUUGUAAACUACAAUGCUUGGGCAGAGGUGGUGUGCACACCGUUGGAUUUCGUGCAUAAGAUCCCAGACGACAUGACAUUCCCAGAGGCGGCUGCCUUCUCUAUGAACUUUGUGGCUGCCUACAUGAUGCUGUUUGAAGUGGCCAAUCUCCGGGAGGGGAUGUCUGUAUUAGUUCACUCCGCAGGAGGUGCGGUGGGUCAAGCAGUCGCUCAACUUUGUUCCACUGUCCCAAAUGUCACUGUGUUUGGGACCGCCUCACCCUUCAAGCACGAAGCCAUAAAGCAUUCAGUCACUCAUCUGUUUGACAGAAACAUCGACUACGUUCCGGAAGUUAAGAAGUAAGCACAAACACUGUUGUUGUUGUUGUUGUUAUGCGAGUAAGUAAAUGAGCACAGAGAAGCGGGAUUAGUUAGAUGAUGAGAAUAUAAAAAUGAGUCAUACUGGGAGGCCAGUGCAAGUCUGAGAUUCAGACGUCACCAGUACUUCCUCUAGACUUGCGUGGCUCCAGUCCCCAUGGCAACACCCAGCAGAUGGGAAAGUAGUGUGUUGUAGUAUGGGGAGGGGCAAAUGUACGUCCUUC